GUUGAUAGUGAAACGUCGCGCGCGCCGCGCCGACUACAACCCGAACGAUUCACAAGCACCAACAACACAACUUUAGUUCCUCAUUAACAGUUACUGUGGGUGUUUUUGGUGUUAUUAAAAAGUUUCGUGUGUUUUGACUGAUCACACUUGUAGUGUUGUUUGAGUUUACACUAGUUUUGGAUAUUGGACAAGUGCUAAAAAGUGACUGUGCGUGCUAUGCCGCAAUCGAGAGUUUAGCAGCGUUCUGCGGGCGAUGCUCAGAGAUAUAAAGAAAAAGGACGAAACACAUGAAGGAGAGCAUGUGAUGCCGGCCCUUGACGCCCGGCGCCAUGCCCACGCCGCUGCAGCCCGGCGGCCCCGCUAGCGGCCCGCCACCGGAGCGCAAGCGGCGCCGCAAGCGCGACGACCCUCAAAACUCCGCCGCGCUCGAACCCGACGACGACGACGACGGCGAAAUGAGCCCCGAGGAGGAGCCGCGCAACGUGCCCGCGGCUCCGGCGGCGCCUGCGCCUGCGCCUUCCUCCGCGCCCGCCCCCACCUCGCCCCCCGCCGCUCCUGAUGCCGUCGACCUCACCUCGCGCCGAGACUCUCCGCCGCUCUCGUCAGACGUUGAACGCUUUGAUGGCAAGAUCGUCUACAACCCUGACGGCUCCGCGUAUAUCAUCGAGGACCCCGAACUGUCAGAAGGAGAAACUAGCCUCUCCGACUUGCCUAAAAUUGAACCCGGCUGCAUAGUCGACAGCCGAGACAGCAAUGUCGUCGAGAGACAACUAGACUUCCCUCAAAUAGCGAGCGCUUUCUACGUAUCGAGAAAUCCAUCACUAUAUGGCGCGUUAUAUGGAAGAUUGGCGGCCGAACGAGCGAGAGCGAGACCUGAUGCACCAGUGAUGCACAGCUAUCGAGUGUUCAGUUUUCGAGGUGGAAAAGAUGCCCAGAGACCCCCAUCUCCAACUGCCGAGUGUCCAGUCAGCGUACCAGUUAAACCUAUCCUUAUGUGUUUUAUAUGUAAAUUGAGUUUUGGCUAUGCAAAAUCAUUUGUGGCUCACGCCCAAUCGGACCACAGCUUGUCAUUAAUGGAUUCAGAAAGAGACGCUUUAUCAAGGGAAAAUGCCUCUGCAAUUAUUCAAUGCGUAGGAAAAGAUAAAGAACCACUAGUCUCAUUCCUAGAACCUGUGGGUGCCGCGGCACCUCCACGUGCUUCGGCUUCAGGAAGUCCUGCUAAUAUAUCAGAAUUGUCGAGUCCAUCAGUGGAGAAACGACUAGAUACAAUGACCCCUGAUAGAGAAAGAGAAAACGAAUCUAUGCUUCCUAAUGGAUCGUGUGAUGACAGAAGACCGAGCCCUCCGGCGUGGAGACCUCCUAGGUCGAUGGCUGAUUCAUUGAUGCCUCAACAUUCCCUGAUCUCUGUGGCGCAUCCUAACACGAUAAAUGCGUCGGUGCAGCCACGUAUUAGUCCAAAUUCUUCUCCACCGUUCCAAGCCACACCACCAGCUUUUCUAUCUGGAACAACGAUAGGUGUUUGUCCAGAUCAUUUAGGAGGAAGACCAUCUGGAGCUGACUGCCCGAAAUGUGAACUGAUUUUAAAUUCGGGUCGUUUAGGUGGUCCCUUAGCCGGGAUGCACAGUCGAAACUCCUGCAAAACCCUAAAAUGUCCCAAAUGCAACUGGCAUUACAAAUACCAAGAAACCUUAGAAAUACAUAUGAAAGAGAAACAUCCUGAAGCUGAGACGAGUUGUAUUUAUUGUAUAGCUGGUCAACCGCACCCUCGGCUGGCACGAGGCGAAACAUAUACUUGUGGCUACAAACCAUAUCGGUGUGAAGUGUGCAAUUACUCUACUACUACAAAGGGCAACCUUAGUAUACAUAUGCAAUCAGAUAAGCAUUUAAAUAACAUGCAAGAAUUACAAAACGGCGGUAACCCUGGAGAGAGCAGUCUACCUCCAGCUCCUCAACAUACUCCUCCAGGGCCACACAAGCCUCCCCUGCCGCAUCACUCACCUCUAGGACAAAAACCAAAGCCUACUUUCCGCUGCGACGUUUGCAAUUACGAGACCAAUGUUGCGCGAAAUCUAAGGAUACAUAUGACAUCUGAGAAGCAUACUCAUAAUAUGCUUGUAUUGCAACAGAAUGUUAAACACAUGCAAACAUUGUCUGCUUUACAUCAUAGACAACAGAGCCAACAACAGCUUGAAAGUUUAUUGCAUUUCCACGGAGGCGACGCUCCGCCUCCAAAUCCAGAGGCAGCACUUGCUGAUAUGGCAUAUAACCAAGCUCUUAUGAUCCAACUUAUGACAGGAGGACCAGGACCCUCCCCGCCCGAACUAGGUGCCCACCUGGACGUCGGAUUGAAUCCAGAAGCGAUGGAACCACCGCCGGAGCCAGCAGAUCCGGAACCUGAGAGGACAUUCCAUUGUUGCAUCUGCAACUGCUUUUCGACAGACUCGUUAGAAGCGCUCGGACACCACUUAGCACAGGAUCGCACUAAAAUCAGAGAGCAAGAAAUCUUAGCGCUAGUAGCAGGACAUUACGUGUGUAAACUGUGCACUUACAAAACAAGUCUAAAAGCGAACUUCCAGCUACAUUGCAAGACUGACAAGCACUUGCAGAGACUACAACACGUGAAUCACGUGAAAGAGGGAGGUCCGAGAAAUGAGUGGAAGUUGAAAUUUUGUGCUGGAGUAGGAACAGGUGGCGCGGGUGUUGGUGGAGUGCAAGUUCGAUGCUGUGCGUGUGAUUACUAUACCAACUCUGCACACAAGUUACAGCUACAUGCGGCUGGAGCGAGACACGAGGCAGCUGCACUAUUACUGAGACACUUGCGUGACUGCGCGUCGCGGAUACCUCGCGAGCGCCCGCGUGUUUACCGCUGCGCUCUGUGCGGUUUCGGCGCCCCCCAUCGGCUGCCGCUUUUACAGCACGUGCGCUCAGUCAAGCAUUUACAAAUGGAACAAAUCCAUCAACUUCAACGACGUUCUGAAGGCAAGGACCCGACUCCUGACGUCGCUGAGCUCUUCCAAGUCAUCCCUCAGCCGCAGGAAAUGCCCAGUCCUUUUGACCAACAAGAAGAUAACAAAGAACUCGUCGACCAGAAACCUGAACUGACUCAAGAGCAAAAGAUGAUGCGCUUUUUGGAACAACAGCAACAACAGCAUCAACAACAACAACAACAGUCUGCGCAACAGCAGCAAAGCUCAAAUGAUAAAGAUGAAGAGCGGGAAACACCUGGACCACACGCGUGUCCUUACUGCAACUUUAGCUGUGGAAGCGAAGUACGACUGCACGCUCACGUCACCUCUAUACACGCGGACACAGCAAGACAUUUCAUCUGCCCGCUGUGCCAAGAUGCAUUCAAAGAUCGACCGGCGCUCGAGCGACACGUUAUGCAAAUUCACUCAGUUAACUCUGAAGGUUUGCAGAGGCUAUUGCUACUCGUCGAUCAAAGUCACUGGCUGAAUGGAGGCGCUCAGGCGCAAAGAGAAGAAUCCCGACAAGGCGAUGAAGAUCGUGAAAUCUCCUCGCCUCGCUCUGAAGGCAGUGCGGAUGGUGAAACAGAGAGAUGCUCUACUUGCAAUCGCACAUUCCGCAAUGUAGAUGAACUUUGUCAACAUCAAAAUGAAUCCGGCCAUCUAGAACUGAAACAAACGCCACAAGGGCCGGGAUACUUCUGCUGGAAGAAAGGGUGCAAUCGCUACUUUGAUUCGGCUCAUGCGCUGCAAAACCACUUUAGAGAAGCGCACGCUCGCAAUUCAAUCGCGAAUAUGUCCGUAUCUGAGAAACACGUGUACAAAUACCGAUGCAACCAAUGUAGCUUAGCUUUCAAAACAAUAGAAAAACUGCAACUACAUACACAGUAUCACGUGAUACGAGAUGCCACCAAAUGUGUUUUAUGCGGUCGAAGCUUCCGAUCUGUACUUGCCCUACAAAAACACGUAGAGACUUCCCAUUCUGAACUUUCUGAAGAGGAAAUGGCUGCAUUUAAACGUAGCCUUGCUUCUAACCCUUUGCUACAAGCUAAUCAAGGCACAGCACUAGAUGUAGCUACCGCUGAAUUAUUGCGUAAAGAAGCCCUACGAACUCCGGAAGAUGAGCUGGGAGAACUAGAAGACAGAGACUCUAGCGCCACCGCCGCGGAUGAGUCUGGUCACAAUGACGCUGAAAAUUCUGAUGACUCUAUCAUUUACAAAGAUCAACAAUUCCUUGAAGACUAUUUGAAUUCACAAGCUAUGGCAGAAGAUUCUUAUAAUGAUCCAAAUAGAAAAUACAAAUGCCAUCGGUGCAAAGUGGCUUUCACUCGCCAGUCUUAUUUGACAGCUCACAACAAAACACUACUCCAUAGAAAAGGUGAGAAGCUUACUUACCCCAUGGAGAAAUACCUUGACCCUAACAGACCAUUCAAAUGUGAUGUGUGCAAAGAAUCAUUCACACAAAAGAACAUCUUACUUGUUCAUUACAACAGCGUGAGCCAUUUGCAUAAAUUGAAGCGAGCCAUGCAAGAACAACAGAAUAAUAACAACCCUCCUGUUUCGCCCGGGGCGGGCUCAGCGCCCUCUAAUUUGACACUCACUCCUAAGAGCACGUCGAGCGAGGAGGACGAUCGUAAACGUUACAAAUGUAAUAUUUGCAAAGUUGCGUAUACGCAAGGUAGCACACUGGACAUACAUAUGCGGUCGGUUUUACAUCAAACACGCGCGGGUAAGUUGCAAGAAUUAGCCGCUGCCGGCCACGUGGACUUGUCGCGGCCCCUAGUAGAGCAGCCGGACAGAAACGACCCCGCCAAAAUCUUACAAGACGUUUUGUCGCCGAAAAAUACAUCCCCUUCGUCGACUAGCAGCGGGGGUCCUCGUUCCUCACCCCCCGCGCGCCCAGGUAGCCCGCGCUCCCCUCGCGCAGGUAGUGCUGCGUGCGAGCGCUGCCACGCGUCAUUUCCUAGCGCGGAGCUACUCGACGCACAUCGUGCCACCUCAUGCCCGUUCGGCGAUGCGCGGGCGCAUUCGCCGCUAGGUGACGCUGAGGCAGCUGCACUUGACGAGAUGGUAGCCAAGGGCAACCCGCCCAAGAGAAACUCGCAAAUGUAUAAACAACUUCUAGAGACCUUUGGCUUCGAUCUCGUCAUGCAAUACAAUGAAAAUCAACGGCGCAAGUUACAAGAAGAGCGCGAAAUGGCACGUGCUCCGAGUCCUCCGCCGCCACCGCCGGAAGAGAAGCCUCCGGAUGGUGAAAUAAAGUCGACAUGUCAACAUUGUAACAAGGAGUUUUCUAGUGUGUUCGUGUUAAAGACUCAUUGUGAAGAAGUGCAUAAAGAUAAAGUUCCGUUGGAAUUUUUGGAGCAAUUUGCGGAACAAUUCAAGUCGGAGUAUGAGAGGAAGUCUGGUGCACCUAACUCGCCGCGGGCGGCGUCACCAGCGCCUCAGGGUGACAGGUCACCGUCACCCCGCGGGGAGAACAACAACUACAAUGAGAACGGGAGCGGACAGGGUGAUGCGCAACAGGCUGGAGCCUUGCUUGCUGCUCAAGUUCAGGAGAUGCAGGCUGCGCUGAAUAUGCUGCAGCUGCAGCAGCAGCUGGGCCAGCUGCACCCGAUGGUGGCCCAGAUGUUGUCUCUGGGGCUGCCGCUGGGCCUAAACAUGGGCGCGCUGGCGGCCAUGAACCUGCAGCCGCCUCUAGUGCCGCUCAUGCUGCCGCCGCCGCCCUUCGACGGGAUGCCCUUCGCACACGACGCGCAGAUGAAACAACAACAGAUCUUGCAGCAACAGCAACAGGCAAACGCUGCAGCGGGACAAAAGAGAGCUCGCACUCGCAUCACCGACGACCAGUUGAAGAUUCUACGAGCCCACUUUGAUAUCAACAACUCCCCGAGCGAUGAAGCGAUCGCGAAGAUGGCUAAACAGUCCGGUCUUGCCACCAAGGUAAUCAAACAUUGGUUCCGGAACACGCUGUUCAAGGAAAGACAACGCAACAAAGAUUCGCCCUACAACUUCAACAAUCCUCCUUCAACGACGCUCAACCUUGAGGAAUACGAGAAAACUGGAGAAGCGAAGGUUACUCCACUAGACUCAUCUGCCAGUUCUGAUGAAGGUAAACCACCACCAGAAAAGAAAGCGAAAAUGGAAGACCCUUCCCACCAACAAGAAGUCAAAUCUGAACCUAAUGACGAGCCAACGAUGGAAGAAAAAUAUAACUCUUACGAUGACAGACAUCAGGAAGACAAAAGCUUCGUCUUUCCUCAAGCACCAUCUCAAAGUCCAGCACCGAGUAUGAUGAGCUCGGAUCUUCCUCAGAACAUGUCGCGAUCUCAGUCGCCCACUCAUAUGUCUCUAAAUUCUUUGAUACAAUCCCAGCUCGAUUCCAUUCCGGCUACGAGUAUACCUCAGCCGCCUCAUCCAUCUAUGCUACCACCAAAAAUCAAUCCGAAUUUCACGUCCCCAAACUCCGCGCCCCCGAACGUCCUACCUUUGACCCCAAAUCGCAGCCUCAGUCCUGGCAGGGGACCGGCCGAUUUCGGACUUUCCGGGGGCAACUCGAACGGAUCCAACAGCUCGGGGUCUUCUGGCAAACGCGCCAACAGAACUAGGUUCACUGACUAUCAGAUAAAAGUACUACAAGAGUUUUUUGAGAAUAAUGCAUAUCCAAAAGACGAUGAUCUAGAAUACCUGUCGAAACUAUUAGGACUGAGUCCAAGAGUAAUAGUGGUUUGGUUCCAAAAUGCUCGUCAAAAGGCAAGAAAGGUUUAUGAAAACCAACCAGCUGCGGAGCCACCAGCGGGAGCUACGGAUGAUGCAAAUAGAUUUCAACGCACUCCGGGCUUAAAUUACCAGUGCAAGAAGUGCCAAUUAGUAUUCCAGCGUUAUUAUGAAUUGAUAAGACAUCAGAAAACUCAUUGUUUUAAAGAAGAAGAUGCCAAACGCUCGGCUCAGGCGCAAGCUGCUGCUGCUCAAGUAGCUGCCACAUUGAGCAGCGAAGACUCGAACUCCAGCACUGUAGAACAUCACGCUCCUCACGUGCCAGUCUCCCCUGCGCCGCCUCGCACCCCGACUCCGGCGACAGGUAAUUAUCCGGUAUCGCCAGCUCCUCAAGCACCCCUAACACCAGUAACUCCUCUAUCGCAUCAACCUCGUGAUGACAAAGAUGGAAAUUUUCAAUGUGAUAAAUGUAACCUAGUCUUCCCUCGAUUUGAUCUUUGGAGAGAGCAUCAACUUGUUCACAUAAUGAACCCAAACUUAUUUCCCACUUAUCCACCGGAUUCCCCUUUUGGGAUCUUACAGCAGCAUGCACAACUGCAGCAGCUAAACGCUACGCUUGGUGGUGACGAGGCACGGCACCCUUUAGUGGCAGCGCUAAACCAACAAGUUGCCAAAAGAAAAUUUGAUGAGUUUGAAGAGACGGAAACUGGAGAUCAACCAAAAGAUAAAAGACUAAGGACAACUAUAUUGCCUGAACAACUGGACUACCUCUACCAAAAAUACCAAAUUGAAUCAAAUCCUUCACGGAAAAUGCUUGAAAAUAUUGCAAGAGAAGUUGGAUUAAAAAAACGAGUGGUACAAGUUUGGUUCCAAAAUACACGAGCACGUGAGAGAAAAGGACAGUUUCGAGCGCAUGCGCAGGUAAUAAAUAAACGUUGUCCCUUUUGUCCGGCAUUGUUUAAAGUAAAGAGCGCACUGGAGAGCCACCUAAGUACAAAACAUGCUGACCAAUGUGCGCGUGGCGAAAUCAAUGUUGACGCAUUACCUGACGAAGAGUUAAGCACUGAAUCUACUCCAAGUUUUGGCUCCCAACAAAGUGACCGGCAGCAAAAUUUUUCCCAAGCGGGGGCUCCCAUGUUGCCCCCUAUUUUUCCACCCUUUCACUCAGACAUGGAGAAAUUUAUCAAGCAGUACAGUGAGGAGUCAAUGAAACGUUACGUUACUGAGCUACAAGCGCACGCCGCUGCACAACAGAACGGUGGCAACAACGAGGCAACUGAAAGACGAUCAGAAACUGGAAAGUCGGAGAUACCAUUAGAUCUCAGCAAGCCCGUCGAUCUCUCCCGACCGGGGUCAGACGCCGACGAGCGCUCAGACACGGCCUCCGAGACCAUGGAGUUCUAUGAGGAAGACGACCCCACCUCGCCGGCACCGGGCCAGCAGCACCAGCGCCCUCCCGGAAAACGCUUCCGCACCCAGAUGUCCUCCUUACAAGUUAAAAUCAUGAAGUCCUUAUUUAACGAUUACAAAACUCCCACAAUGGCAGAGUGUGAAGCCCUCGGGCGUGAAAUUGGGCUGCCCAAACGAGUCGUUCAAGUUUGGUUUCAAAACGCGCGAGCUAAAGAAAAGAAGGCUCGCCUAGCGGCCGGGCUGACGGAGGUAUCUGACGCUCCACCACCAGAGGAGUGUCGUGUGUGUGACUUCAAAUACAGUCACAAGUACUCAGUGCAAGACCAUGUGUUCACCCGCGGCCACAUCGCGGCGGUGCGCGCGCGCCUCGAGAGUGGCGCGGGCGGCGGCGACGAGAGCACGCUCGCGCUCAUGCAGAUGGCGGCGCGCCUGGAGAGUGGCAUCGGUGGCGAGCUGCACAACGCGUUCCUGAGGCCACAGCUCGCUGGCAACGGUGAGUGCACCACUUGAUCGCGGCCCGCGUCGCCUAGAGCUCUCGAGCCCUAUGCGACUCCGGACUCGAUAACGUAGACAUGUAGAUGAACCUCGCAGCGGCGAGUUUCGCUCGAUUGAGAACAAUCUGCUUCUGUGAUGAACCCCGUCAGUCGCGGAUCGAGCGAAACUUAUUAGUGCCGUGACGGUCGUUGCCCUUUUCCUACUAGUGAGUCCUUUUGUAUAUAAUGCUUAGUUCUACGUGAAAUAGUUGAGUGUUAUCCCUAUGUAGUGUUGGUAUUUUAUGUGUAGAAUAAAUCUUGGAUUAUACAUAUUAUCGAUUGAACAUACCGAGAAGUAGAUUUUGAAAUAGACAUAACUAUCAUCCGAUAAAUAUGCGCCAAGUCGGUUGGUCUGAUGCGAAAGGUAAUGGCGGCACGUACGCGGCCGAUUCAAUCUCAGAAAUUAUUUCGUAAUUCAAAUAAUUACUAAGUAUAGCUGGAAGCGUGGCAGCAAGACCGAAAUAGUAAAAAAUAUUUCUCAAUCUCGUAAUGAUAAUAUGAGUUUAAAUUCGGUGUGAAAUUGAUUGUUUCUUUUUUUCUGAAAAUUGUGAAGUAGGUUUUAGGUGGAAUGAUGUUAGUUUCAUUGACGCCGGCGCACGUAGACUCGGUCGGCGCAGGUUGUCGGCGCGGGGCGUGCCGGCGCGAGCGCGUCGGUGGGCGGCCGCUCUAACCCGCCACUAUUCAAAUGCAAACGAAACACAACAAUGGUAGGAGUUAGGACGCGUGAAGGACGUCGUAUAUCUAAUGGGACCGAUCUGACGCACAUGCAUUUUGCUCCACAUGAAUAAUCAAUUAUUCAAAUGACGCCAAUCAAAAAUACUUUCUCGGAAAUUCUACAAGUCCAUUGUUUUCUCUUAUUGAUUUAUUCUCCGCAUUGAAAACCAACACCACGUAGCGAUAUAGACUAGUAAUCUGUUGCAUAAUAUUAUUCUUCCUAGUUGUUCAUAUUUAAAACUCCUAUUAGGUGUAGCGACUUGUCGAUUGUUGUAGGAUUGUAAUGAAAACCAAAUUAUAUAUUUUAGAGAAUUUAAAACGUUUUAGUUAUUAUGUAAAGUCAUAGCGAAGCCUGAAGUCUAUAUUACUAUUUAAAUAAGGUGCCUUGUAGGACCCGAGUGCUUUGUAAAUUAUUCUCUGAGCUCCACUGUAAAUAGUUAAACGUGUAAAAGUAUACUAUUAGAGGUAAUGAUAGUGCGCUGUAAAGUUGUCUCCGACCGCUGUUCGUAAUGUGUAUUACGAUGGUAUCUAUAUAAUAUAGGUAGACAUAAAUAUAUUCUUUGUUUCGUAGAGGCAUCUUAAGAACUUGUGAUAUAACUGUAUCUUUUAGUUUACUUCGCAUAUGCGUCAAAGGGCGCGAGGCUUGAAGCACAAAAAUACAUACAGACAUAACAUAGAAGUUUGUCGAGUUUUACAUAAUAAUGUGGUGUUUCGUGUGGGGUCGCCGGCUGCAGUUUUACUAUUCUCCAUUCGCAUUUACAUAAGAGUGGUUCGAAAUUGGGGAGUUAGGCGAUAUGCAAAUAUUUUCUUCAAAUUUAAAUGUGUUGUCGCCUGCGCGCGCGCACUGCGCCGCACGCGCCGCGGGGCCCCCUUUAUGUGCUUCUAUUUAUUAUGUGGAAAUUUCAGCUCCAGUGCUCUAUCGUCUUGAGACGCGUAUACGUUUCUAAUGCAAAUCUUACACUCGAUAAUCGCGAAUACAACGCGACUUUAUUUACUCGCUCCCUACAAUAUUGAUGUUAUUUUGAUACGCAUGUUUUUAUUUGCAUAUCGCUUGUUAUUAUUUUCUUUACCGUUUUGUUAUGUUUGUAUUUAUUUUUGUUCUUUAAUUUUAUUAUUACUUUUGUUUCAUUUAGAUUUGUUUGUCCAUCGAGACAAACGUAUGCAUUGAUUUUUGUCUCCAUUACGACUUCCAAUAAUUUUAUUUUAAUUUGUAUAAUUUAAUUUUAAACUAAUUAAGUGCGAUCUGCAUUUACUGUUGUUCAGAUAUUGUUUUAAAAAAGUUAUUUGAAACAAAGUUCAGUGCCAGCCAGUGAAAGAAUUUCUUUGGUAUUAUAUUAUCGGCGGUAAAUCUACCGUCUAUUAGCUGUAGAAAGAUUGAAAGUCUUGUAAACUGAAUAGUAUUAUUAUAAUUAUUAUCUACAGUUAUUAUAUUUGCAGAAUUCGUUGAAAUAAAUGCAAUAUUUAUAUUAUUGA